AUAAUUUAGCGAACGGCACAUGAAAUGAUGAAACAUUCAAAAGUUUUUAGAGAGCAAAUACUAGAAAUCAAAGAUAAAUAGUUUGUGCAUUUCACAACUGACAUUCUACUAUUUUGGCAGCAAAAUGAGGUACGGAGAGAGUGAGACCAGGGAUAGCGCAACGUCAACUUUUGAGGGAAGCCACCAAAACAAUUGACUAUCACUUUUCCAAGUUCAAUUGCUGCUGCUGCUGACCAACAAGCGAAAUGGGACCAUUCCCGCGUUCGGUCACGAAUCUCACGAUUUUCAAAUUUCGCGGUCUUACUGAGCCUGGAGUCGUGCUGUACUUUUAUUCACCAGUCAAGGGAGAGGUCGACAAGAGAACUUUUAAUUGCGGCUUUUCAAUUGGUUGCAUCAGCACCUGUACACCCACCUACCUGUACAUUUCUACGGAGGGGGGGGGGGAUCCAGCGUGGUUGAUACGAUUAAAGGAUACCCAACCAAAAGAGUUUUAUUAGGGCGUGACUCGGUCGUGAUGGUUAGAGGGAUGAUUUGGGAAACUUUCUCGCCCUAUUCCAUUUGCUUCCUUUUUUUCUAUCAUCGUGAGCACAUGCGUACGGCAAACACGCACCUGCCAUCCAAGUCGGCGGUGGCCCUGCAUUAUAUACGUCUGUCUGAGCAACAAUAUCGGGCCGCAAGUCGGCUGGGCGGGGAGGAGGAACACAUCAUCACACGCUCGCGUUGCAAGAAGAGAAAGGGAAAGGCCAACAAGCCGUGGACAAUUGCGCUCUUUUGGAAUAUAUAGGCUAUCGUUCUUAUAACUGUGUUUUUUCGUGGGGGAGUUGAGUAAGGUGGGAAAAUAAAGAAGAAGGAGAAAGACAAAAGACUGGCAACAUCAUCAAGCCCAAGAGAGAGAGAGAGCAAAGGUACAUGGUAUACGUGUGCUGGAUGCGCGUGGGUUGCCUAGGUAGUAGCAGGGACCCUUUUUAGUUAUACUGUCUGUUGUAUGCUGUACGUACGCUUAUUAUUGCCGCAUGGAAAAAAGGAGGCGGUAUUAUAUUUUUAUGAACGAUGAGGAGGAUAUAGAAGCGGCCCAGACCGCCUAUAUAAGUUGGACCCUGUUUGAGCAAUUCAGUACAGUUGACUUCUACCUCCUUUGGAAGUAAAGCUGUAGCUUUGCUUUAUCUCAUACAAGCUCAGAAACAUCAUGAAGAUUUUCUUGAUUUGCCUCGCCUUGAUGGCCACCGCCGUAUUGGCCGCUGAAGUGGCUUCUCCCGUCGUUAGACGACGUGUCCCAUCAACAGUCUCCGAAGUGGCACCUCCCGUCUAUCGUCGCCGAGUCCAAACGAUCAUCUCCGAGGAGACACCCAUCGUCCGCCGCCGUGUCCAAUCGGCUCGUUAUGUUCCUAAACAAUACCAAGAGCCCAAGGUGGAUUAUCCUAAACCAGCUCCAGCUGAAGCUGUUUACCCCAGACCAGCUACUCCUUACCAGGAGCCAGAAGAUUACAAGCCAGCUCCUCCCGCUUAUGUUCCAUCUAAACCCCAGGAACCCGAGUACAAACCAGCUCCUCCCGCUUAUGCUCCACCUAAGCCACAGGAGCCAGAAUACAAGGAGAGCCCUUAUCAGCCUCAGCCCAAGCCCGUCUACCGACCUCGUCAGCCUGUCUACCAAGAAGAGCAAUCAGAGCCCCAAUAUCCUCGUCCGGCUGCCAAGAAACAACCUGCAUACAAGCCCGCUGCUCCUGCCCCAUACAAGCCCGCUGAAGCUGCCCCAUACAAGGCCACCGCUGAACCUGCCACAUACAAACCAUCACCUUACGAAGAGGAGCAAAAGGAGGUGCCCAGGGAGCCGUACAACUUUGGUUACGCCAUCAAGGAUGAGUACGAUGAUUACGGUCGUCAUGAGGAGAGCGAUGGCAAGGUGGUGACCGGAUCUUACCACGUAGUCCUUCCUGAUGGUCGCAAACAAAUUGUUAAGUACAGGGCUGAUCCUAACACCGGAUUCACAGCGGAUGUCACCUACGAGGGAGAAGCUGUUUACCCAGAAUACAUCGAGCCAACCCAAUCACCUUACAAAUCUUCGCCUGCCUACAAACCUGCACCCGCCUAUAAAGCUGAGCCUGCUUACAAACCGGAGCCUGCUUACAAACCGGAGCCUGCCUAUAAACCUGCCUAUAAACCAGAGCCUUCCUACAGGCCAGAGCCUUCCUAUAAAGCUGAACCUGCUUACAAGCCAGAGCCUUCCUAUCAGCCAGAGCCUGUCUAUAAGCCAGAGCCUUCCUACCAGCCAGAGCCUGUCUACAGAGCCGAGCCUACCUAUAAAGCUGAGCCUGCCUACCCCAAAGAGCAGCCAGAAUACAGACCUAGACCGAGCUAUGAAAAGGAACCCGAAUAUACCGCAGAAGAGCCUGCUUAUCCUAGACCCGUCAAGCCAUCGCCCAAACAGCCCGCAUAUCCUAGACCGUCUCCCCCUAGCAAACCUGCUUAUGCUGAGCCAGUAGCCCCACCCAAGCCAGUAUACAGAGAACCAGUCAAUUACCCUGAACCUUCUUACCAAGCCGAGCCCGUCUAUGUAAGGCCUCCAUACCCUAAACAGCAGCCCCCAGUUUACAAACCCGAACCCAAGCCAGAACCUACUACACCAGAGCCUACUACUCCGGAGCCCGUACCUGAAACCACAACGGUGGAAUACAAAACCACUACUCCUGCCCCAACCACAACUACACCAACCCCCACAACAACAACUACUACUCCAAAGCCAAGCUAUCCGGAGCCCAGCUACACCGAGCCCAGCUAUCCGGAAUCAUCCUACCCCGAACCUCCUUCCUACCCUCAUGCCAGGCCAGGCCCCCCUUCAUACAGGCCAUCUCCUUAUCCCGAACCAGCUUAUCCUCGUCCUCCUUACCCGCAGCCAGCCUACGAAGGAAGACCACCUUACCCUUAUCCGGCCGAAGAGCGUCGUUCCUACCCUGAACCUUCCUUCCCAGUCUACAGGCCCGUCUACCACCGUCAGGAGCAAGUCGAAGGAGCUCCGAGACCUCAGCAGUACGUACCAGCGUAAUAACACGAAGCUUCUUAGCCAUUUAUUAACACUCCCAAAAAAACAGAUGAUUUACGUUAAUAGAUUUUAAACAAUCAACUAUCGUGCGACGAUGAAUGAGCAUUUCAUCGCCUUUUAGUUAUUAUGUAAUAAGAAAGUGCUUCCUCAUUUGUAUUCAUGUGCCUCGAUAUUGAAUCAAUAAAAAUGUCUAUCUUUUCUUUUAA